AUGCCAUCAACUGCCGAUGUUGAUAACCCCUCUCGAAACAAUGACCCUUCAAGAGAGGCCCGACAGGCGAAUGCAAAUGAAUCAUGGCAAAACUCGGGUGACCGCGCAGCACCUGUACCACAACCUGCAUCUGCUGCGCCGCCCCUCUCCAAACACGCAACCCACAUCUACACCGUCUCCUAUCUAAUCUUCUUCUCGCUCUGGGGUACACUGGCCCGCCUAGGCCUACAGGCUCUGACAUUUUAUACAGGCGCGCCUGUCGUAACAGGGGUGUUAUGGGCAAAUGUAGCCGGAAGCCUGGUAAUGGGUUUCCUGAGCGAAGACCAGCAGUUAUUCCGCGAAGAAUGGGGCAAAACAAUAACCAAAGAAGCACCUGCAGAUGCAGUUGAUACCGAGCCCAAAGUCAAAAGCCGGAAACACAUGGCUGUGAAGAAGACUAUCCCUCUGUACAUUGGUCUGACGACCGGGUUCUGUGGCUGCUUCACCUCCUUCUCGUCCUUUAUGCGGGACGUCUUCCUCGCCCUGGCAAAUGCCCUCCCCGACCCAUCCCUGCCAACCGGAUCUCACAUUGCCUCCCGUAAUGGUGGGUAUAGCUUUAUGGCGCUGGUCGCUGUGAUUAUACUCACCGUGUCACUGAGCCUGUCGGCACUUAUCGUCGGCGCGCAUAUUGCCCUGGCUCUAACACGCGUGACACCCACCGUGCCCUUCGCGUUCACGCGCCGAGUCCUCGACCCUCUUGUGGUCAUGCUUGCCUGGGGAUGUUGGCUCGGGGCGGUGUUCCUGGCCAUCUGGCCGCCAGACCGACAUAAAGGCCCGGAUGUGUGGCGCGGCCGGGCGGUGUUCGCUAUUGUCUUUUCACCGCUUGGCUGUCUCCUUCGGUUCUAUGUCUCGCUGCACCUGAAUGGCAGGAUUCCGACCUUCCCCCUCGGCACGUUUACGGUCAAUAUCUUUGGGACCAUCAUCGAGGGUAUGUGCUAUGACUUGCAGCAUGUCAGUGAUCUUGGGGCGGCGGUUCCUGCUGCUCUGACAGGUUGCCAGGUGCUGCAGGGUGUUAUGGAUGGAUUCUGCGGGAGCACGACCACUAUCAGUACCUGGGUUGCUGAAUUGAAAGGACUGUCUCAUCGGCGUCAUGCGUAUUUGUAUGGAAGUGCCAGUGUGCUUGUCGCGCUUGGGUUUUUGGUGGUCAUCAUGGGUUCGUUGUUGUGGACGCGUGGGUUUGACGAGCCUGUGUGUGGAUAG